AGUGUUGCUCAAGCUCUGUAUCCUCGCUCGUCGUCUAGGCUUAGCGGAGCGUUUCGUAUCGCGAAUGCGCAUCGGAGUUCAGCUUGCACGGAUCAACCUGGCCAGUUUCGAACUUACGGUUGUUGCGCGCGCACGGGUUUUACGCUUCCUCCUGCUACCUGCUCUACCAAGGGCCAAGUGGAUCCAUUAGUGGGGUGUCUAUGGGACAUAGUUGGACGGAUAUUAGCGGAGCAGCAGCAGUCUCGCCAUAGCUUCGGGUACUCGGCCGACGAAUAAAUUUGGCAUUCCCCUCAUUAGUGGUUGGACUUUGGGAAUCCAACUGACGGCGACGACAAAACGACGGAGGGAGAGUUUUUGGGUUUUGCAUAAUAGGAGUUUUAAUGAAUUUUAAAAUUCUGUACCCGAAUUGAGCUGGGGUGGCGUAGCGGUUCGAUUGGGCCGAGUAAUUCGUGAUUUUCGCUGAAUUAUUUACAACACGUUGGGCGCCAAUUUUGGGAACUUUCUCCCACGUUGUAACGGAUUGUGUGUCGCAAAGCUAGUGAAUUGUGAAUUUGGUGAUCCUACUGAGUGUUGACGGUUCAAAAUGGGCGCUGGAAGUGUGUUCACGUGUUUUGUCCAGCCGCAAAAUGAUGUGUGAGGGCUUCCCAGUACCAGCGCCAGCUUGAAGACCAGAACCAGAACGAAACAGAUCAAUCGAAAGUGAAGCAUUUUGCGAAAGUCGAUCCGCACUAGCAUUAAAGUGAAACGCUCAAAGUGAUUGUACUAAACUGAAACCCAAAGUGCUAUUUCGGUGUUUUACAAUCCACCGCAAUUAAUGGUUCAACCGCCACGAUCAAGUGCUCAACUAGUUCAAACGGAAAGUUAAGUAAAGUAAGUGAAGCCCCCCUUUUUGUGAGUGUGUUGCGAUGAUGGUCAAUUGCAUCAGCUAGCAAACGCAAACGCCAACGACUUAGAAAGAGAGCUUUCGACGAAACGAGUGACUGCAGAACUUAGCUGCGUGCGCCCAUCCAUUGAUAUUCGACUUCGAUUGUAAGAUAUUGCGCAGGUGCAGGUGCAGUGAACGUGGAAAGGCAGAGUAAACCGAUUAAGGAGACCCUUAAAGUAACAACGACGACGACAACAACGAAGACACCGACAACGAUUUUGACUGUUGAAACUAGACAGCGGGAAUUUUUAUGACUUUACGAUCUCCGGAACGAGAAAGAGAAGCCUUUGGAGUUCGAAGUGGUGGUUCGCUGUAGUGUUCACUUCUACAUUAACGUACCCAGUGCAGUAGAAGCUAGUGCUGUUUUCCGAGUUUUUGGAAAUUUUCGGAAGGUUAUCGAGAAAAAAGAAAGACGGAGACCGGUGAAGAAGUGAACCAGUACAAGGAAGAUAUCGAAAAAAAAACACACACACAGAAUCGGAGAAUCGGUGGGCAACUGCGGUGCAGAACUCAUUCAAGAUGGCUUGCGGUAUCUCGUGCGUGGACAAUGCUCUGAAUCGUACGUUUUACAAGUUGGGCAUCUUCAUCGGACGACAUCCGGGCUACUUUCUUAUAGUGCCAGUGCUGCUGGCCCUACUUUGCAUGACCGGCUACCAACAGAUCCGCUACGAAAUCGACCCCGAGUACCUGUUUUCGCCAAUCCGAGGCGAGGGCAAAUCGGAACGUGCCAUCGUCGAGAACUACUUCAAGGUCAACUACACACACCGGUUCAACGUGGGCCGCAUCACACGGCCGGGUCGCUUCGGUCGAGUGAUUGUUAUCUCCAAGGAUGAGGACAAAAAUCUGCUGCGGACAGAAGUGUGGGAGGAGCUUCGGCUGCUCGAUGGGAUCAUCCAGAAUGCCACCGUCCACUACGAUGGCGAUACGUUCACCUACAAGGAGACGUGUGCCCGAUGGGAGGGUGAGUGUUUCACCAACGACAUCCUGAACCUGGAUCAGAUCAUCGGAGAGGUGGAAGCCGGCGACCUGAACCUAACGUUCCCGGUCAUGUUUAACCCGGUGACAUGGGACGCGCACGUCUUUCCGGUGUUCUUUGGCGGGACGCAAGUGUCCGAGGACAACCUGAUCAUUUCGGUGCCGUCGCUGCAGCUGGUGUACUUCGUGACGGCUGACUCCAAGCGGCAGGACGCGCGCGGUGCCGCCUGGGAAGAGGCCUUCCUCGACGCGGUCGGUUACGCGGAAGAUAACGGUGUCUUCAAGCACAUCUCGGUCGCCCGGUUCGCGUCGCGUACUCUUGAUCACGAGCUCGAAAAGAACACCCGAACGGUCGUGCCGUACUUCAGCUCGACCUUCAUCCUGAUGGCGGUUUUCAGUGUUGUGACGUGUAUGAUGGGUGACGUGGUUCGGUCCAAGCCCUGGCUCGGUCUGAUGGGAAACGUGUCGGCGGUGAUGGCGACGAUGGCCGCUUUCGGGCUGGCCAUGUACCUUGGCAUCGAGUUCAUCGGCAUCAAUUUGGCGGCACCGUUUCUAAUGAUCGGAAUCGGUAUCGACGACACGUUCGUCAUGCUCGCUGCCUGGCGACGCACCUCGGUGAAGCUGUCGGUGCCGGAGCGCAUGGGUCACAUGAUGUCCGAGGCGGCCGUAUCGAUCACCAUCACCUCGCUGACCGACAUGAUCUCGUUCUGGAUCGGAAUUGCCAGUCCGUUCCCGUCGGUGCGUAUCUUCUGCACCUACAGUGGGUUUGCCGUGUGCUUCACAUACCUGUGGCACGUGACCUUCUUCGCCGGCUGUAUGGCCGUGUCCGGAUACUGCGAGUUCAAGAAUCUUCACGCCAUCUUCGGCUACAAAGUGCUCCCGGAGUCGGUCGCCAUCAAAGAAAAGCGAUCAUGGUUGUACCGGAAGCUCAACACCGGCGGAAUCAACCGGGACGAUCCGGACAACCCCGUCGAUAACAAGGAGCACUUGCUGAUGAAGUUCUUCCGCGACACGGUGGCCAGCAUCCUGAACAAGGGCUGGGUCAAGGCGUUCAUCAUUGUGAUCUUUGCCGCGUACCUGGGCGGAGCCUGCUUCGGACUGACCAAGAUCAAGGAAGGUCUCGAGCGGCGCAAACUCUCGAAGGCGGACUCGUACUCGGUGAAGUUCUUCGACCUGGAGGACGACUACUAUCGGGAGUUUCCCUACCGGAUCCAGGUGAUCAUAACCGGCCAGUUAAACUACUCCGAUCCGGAAACGCAGAUGCAGAUCGAGGAUUUGAUGCAAUCUUUGGAAAACACGUCGUACAUCAGUUCACCACUGUACAGCGAAUCAUGGCUGCGAUCGUUCGUUGCGUACGUCGACCGAAACAAUGACUACUUAAAUCUUACCCUGGACAGUGAGGAGGCAUUCAUUAAGGCUCUGAAGGAUAUUUGGCUGUUCCCAGCGAAUCCGUUUUCACUGGACGUGAAAUUCAGCGACGAUGGCAAAAGGAUCGAGGCUUCCCGUUUCAUGGUGCAGGCCGUUAACAUUACCGACACCAAUCACGAGAAGAUCAUGGUGAAGGAUUUGCGGGAUAUUUGUAAGGCAUCACCACUCAAUGCGACCGUGUUCCAUCCGUACUUCGUGUUCUUCGAUCAGUUCGAACUGGUUCGUCCGACGUCGAUUCAGUCGAUGGUGGUCGGAGCACUGAUCAUGAUGUUGAUAUCGUUCAUUUUUAUACCGAAUUUCUUGUGCUCACUAUGGGUCGCGUUUUCGAUCGUAAGUAUCGAGCUGGGAGUGGCAGGAUACAUGAGUCUUUGGGAUGUGAAUUUGGAUUCGAUUUCAAUGAUCAACCUGAUUAUGUGUAUUGGGUUUUCGGUAGACUUCACGGCACACAUUUGCUACACUUACAUGUCAAGUAAAGCACGCACGCCUGAUGAGCGGGUACGGGAAGCCUUGUACGGGUUGGGAAUGCCGAUCAUGCAGGGAAGUGUCAGUACGAUCUUAGGCGUGAUAGCACUACUGCUUGCGGACAGCUAUAUAUUUUUGGUGUUCUUCAAAAUGGUGUUCCUGGUCAUCUUCUUCGGAGCAAUGCAUGGCUUGUUCCUGUUACCGGUGCUUUUGUCGUUGUUCGGGCCUGGAUCGUGUAGUACGUAUCCAGAAGAUGAUCUGAAGCUGUCUUCUGUUGAAAAGUCCUACCCACAUCCGUACUGCAUAUCGCAUCCCCAACUAGCGUUGACCGGAGCGUUUGGAAGUAAAACCUUCCUAGGAGCACCUUACAAAGCGUACGGAGAUGAGAAAGAUCUAGGACUGGGAACUUCUGGGGAAGACUCCAGUGAGAGUUCAAGUAGCAAAUCUCAGCGGAGACAAGCGAUCGAGGAUGAAAAUACCAGGAGACGGUACGAGGAAGGAUGGCGUAGAUCUUCACAUAAUUUGACUGGACAGAGCCAAUUCCAGCCAGUGCUAGAUCUGUACGGACAGGAUGCCGUUUGGGCGAAGCCAGCAGGCAAGCUACCGUUGAAUAUCGGUUCCAGUCGGUAUGGGUACGACGAUAUGUUGAACAUUGCUCAAGGUCAAACAGCAACAAAGAAGAAAUUCGAUUUUGACCCCGAUCGCGAGCGCGAUCGCAGGAAGUCGGAGGAGAACCGACCGCGCAAAGCUCGCUACGAAGACAACCGAACGUUUGAAGACGAUGAAGCCGUGGAAGAGGAAUACCAACACACGAACCGGUACUACAUGUACGAUACCAGCCACGUGAAACGUCUAUCUAACGAUAGUCAUAAUAGUGGCAGUGAUAGCAAUAAUAGCAAUAAUCGUCGAAAAUAUUCCGAUGAGAGUGAUAAAGACAAACAUCGACGAUACAGCGAUGAGCGUCGACCCAGGAAAUUCACCCCACCGGAGGGAAUCUACAAGCAGAACCCACAUCGUUCGUCCUCGCAGCACAAUUUGUACUAUCCUAGACAACCACCACAGCGGACUUCCUCCCAGAGCAGUCUACACCAGCUGCGGCACAUGGGUGACAUGAGAUUUCCUUGAACGCUAGGCCCUAGCCUGAGCUGUGUAUUAUGUGUAAUUGUAUUGAGAACCGGUAGCAGCGGGUGGAUCUGUGUUUAGCAACCUAUAACUUUAAGUAGGCAAAUCAAUGACUUUGAAACACACCCCAACUCCACAAAUCCCCUUUCCUACCUUAAUCCUGAGUCUGAACCUUCUCAUCCCCUUCCACGUUAUUUUUUGCUCAAAUGUUCAUUAGCUGUGUAAGUACUGUGUAAGAAAUAUCGACCACUUCUAAAUGUAAUUACGACGACUGGUGCGACCUCUGUCCAAAACUAGGUGGUCGCACACCCCUAACUCCGUAGCUGUGUAAAUUUAAGCUUCGAUCCCGCACUCCCUAGCGACCUAAAAUACCUAUUAUAGAAAACCGAAAACCAGAAAAAUCUCUUGGCCAUCCCAUUGAAGACAGCCUUAAGAACCUGUGUAUUAUAUUAGCGGAAGAAGGUGAAAGUGUGAAUUUAUUAUAUUAAAGUACAUAUUAGAAGUGAAUGCAAGCGUACUAACUAACAUGUGUGAGCGAGUGUUUGGUGAGUGAGAUCUGAUUAUAUUUUUGAAAACGUUUAUUAUCUAUAUGUAAUUUUCACACGAUAACUGAUGUUCGCGCCCUCAUCUAACUUAAAAUCUUUAUAAAAUAUAUGUAAAGCUAAAUAUUAAUUGUUAAACUACAAGGAAAACCAGAGAAACAGAGAGUGUUAUUUAAUUAGAACCGUAGAAGGUCGUAAAGGAUGAGAAAAACGUGAAAUGAAAAAUAUAUUUUGGUACGUGGAUCGACGAUGGAACGUAUAGUGGGAAAUGACUAUAUCCACUGUUACUUAGAAUUAAGUGAAAACAAAACACCAUCCAAGGAAAAUUUUUGAUUGUACUAGAGUUCGAUGUUCUCGUGUCUCUAUGCUUGCUGCACGAAUAAUGGCGAAGCUCGAGAACGAAUGGAAAAUCGGUGGGAUGAAGAACUGCAACCUCCUACCGGUAGGUGCAUACAAUAUCUAAGGGACCUAUCUUGGGUAAAACUAGAGCAAUAUACAACAGACUAAUUUAAAACUGAGGCCAAUAAAUUUUGUAUGAAAAUAA